CGUCACUCUAGAAAUUGUUUAAAAUCCACUCUUAGAUUGGGCUGAUAAGUAUCAAUUCGAUUAUCGCGAUCUCCCUUUCCUCCUUGUUCUCAUCUGUUGCAUGCAUUUUGCAGAUCAUGGCAAACUUAAAAAAAUCCAAGGUCAAAAAAUCUAAAAGCGAUAAGAUACCUCUUCCAGAAGAUACUCAAUGAUGCCUUUCUAACUUGCCCAACUUGACAACAAGAAAGUUCUAUGAUGCAUUUGGCCACGAUUACAAUUCAGUGCAAAAAAUUUCGAGAGGAUACAGGAAUAUUAUUAGCAAUGAACUGAAAGGCGUCAAAAACAUUGUAAAUAUCAGAAAUGAGCACAACAUGUGGAUGAGGUCGAAGAAGAAUACCCAUUAUUGGCUGGAGAAAAUAAGAUAGGAGACAGCCUCAAUCGCACACAUUGAAAGCGCUCAAUAUGUUCAGGAUGUUGUCAGGACAGAAAUGAACCAAAUAAAAGUCAUGGAAAAUAGCCAGAAUAAAGAAACAGAUAGCCAAAGUGAAGAGAUCGAUAAAGAAACUACUGAAAAACUACUUUAUCAUGAAGAUGAUCAAGAUGAAAUCAAUGAAACCGAGGAAGAUGAAGGUACCGAAGCAGAGCCUUGGAUUCUGGAGAAUGGCAUUAAUGUUACAAACCUGUUCACUGAAUAUCGUCAACAUGUCAAGCAAUUUGUUGAAUCCGAAGGCUUUAUCCCACUUGAGAGCCAUGUGCAAGAGUUGGCUGCCUUAAACCACAUACUAAUUCUAAAACCAUUGCAACACAGCAAAAUGAUGAGAGAAGUUUUCACUGACGAGCAUAUCAAGCACGCCCUAAAUGAACAAGUACGAAUGUCAAUUGGCCUCUCGCUUGAUUUUACCAGUGAGGACUUGAUGCGGCUAAACCUCAUAUUGAAACAGUUGACAAAUCACACUCAAAGUAUAUAUAGGAUCACUAUUGAUAUUUUGUUAUUCUCCAAUUCCUUAACUUACGAAAAACGCAGAGUCCUCAUAGGCAUUGCAUUGCUAAUUUUAAAACUUCCUAGAGACCCAAUUGCAGAUGUCACUAAUAUCUCUGAAUCAGAGUUAUGGAGCAUCUAUUUUGACCCUCUAUUGUCUGCCAUUGUUUCUGACAAUGAAAGAAACAUGCUCUUACGAUGGUUAAACAAGCAAGCUGAGGGUAACCUUUUAAGACCCGAUGCAUCGAUUACACUGAUUGAUCAAUUACAAUUUGGUGCUCAUCUUGGGUUUGGCGAAGUGAAAAUUGUUCAGCCUACAUGUGACAAAGCAGCCCUUUGUAGCGAUUUUUUACGUUUGACCCAUCUGACAAAAGAAUGCCUAGAUAGCCACCUUCUAGAUGCUUCGUUUAGCUUUCAGAUUUAUGGUAAGUACGCUUCAUUAUGAUAGAUAUACAGAAUUUCUUAUUUCGACCUACUACAGGCUUCUCUGUUGCUUUUUAUAUGACUCGAUUGAACCACCACAAGAUAUAUACAAUGACUGAGCUUGGUAGGAUAAAGUUUCCGCGAUCUUUAAACGAUAUAUCUGCCUUCUGCUGCCCUCAAAAUAUGCAAUUGCUAAUUCAAAUUACAAAUGCCUUCUGGACCCACUGCAAGCCCAGUCUCUCUCCUUCGACUGCUAAAGAAAGAUCAAUAAA